UGCCAGCAGAAGAAGUCCAGCAGAGUAAAGAUGGCGGAGCGCUGUGAUUACGGACCAGAAAUGUUGCAUUAGAGUCCCGUGUAGAGCCCGGUGGUGCUGCUGUGUUUGUGCCGGUGCCGGUGAGAGGAUGGCGCACCUUUACCUGCGGCUGUCAGCCGGCUGUAGGAACACCUUCCGGCGGCUGCUGCCCUCCAACGCUCCGGCCAGGCUGGCGAUGUAUACGACCACGGCGGAGGUGGCGAGGGGGCGGAGCCUGCUGAGUGACCUGCUGGGAGCCUAUCAGAGGCUGAGCUCCAGACCUCCCAAAGGUUUUGAGAAAUAUUUCCCAGAAGGUCAGAAAACUCCAAAAACCACGGAAGCUGAAGCAGCAACCAAAGAAGCCAAACCUGCCGACGCACAGAAAGCUUCUGGGAAGUCUGGAGGAGGAGGAGGAGGAGGAGGAGGAGGAGGAGGAGGAGGAGGAGGAGGAGGGAAACGAGGAGGGCGUAGGGAAGAUUCCCACUGGUACACCCGUCUGCAGAAGGGAGACGUCCCCUGGGAUGAUAAGGAGUUCAGGAUGUACCUGCUGAGCGGAGCGGCGUUCUGGACAACCGUCACGUAUUACGUCUUCUUCAGGGACGGAGGACGAGAAGUCACCUGGAAGGACUUGUUAACAACUACCUGACC